AUGGCCGAGUAUGAUCUAACGCAGACGCUUCUGGCGUACAUGGACCCGCAUCUGGGCUUGCCUCUGCUAUCGCAUCUGCGCUCUUUGAGCAUUUUUGAUGCGAAAGAUCUCGCGAAAGCCCAGUACGAGCUGGGCAAGAAGACCAAUAUGGUCGAUUACACAAUGCAGUUCUUUCGGGAGGCUUACCCAGGAGAAGACGAGCCAAAAGAUGUAGCUGAACGUGCGAAUCAGCUGGAGGCCAAGAACAACCAUCUUGCAAAAGAGGCAGAACAUGUACUGACGGUCAUCGAAGACCCCAACGUGGCCGGUGCUCUCAAGCAGGACAAGGCACAAAAUCUCGAAUGGUUAAAGCAGCAGUACAAGCUUACAACGGAUCAGAUCAAUGUUUUAUACGAAUACGGACGCUUCCUUUUCUCUUGCGGAAAGUACAGUGAAGCCUCGUCGUAUCUAUACCAUUUCUGCAUCCUAUCUCCGGACACGAAGCUGUACGAGUCCGUGCUCUGGGGCAAGCUGGCCUGCGAUACGCUCACUGGUGAUUGGGAUCGUGCUAUGGAUGAUGUUCGCGUGCUUCGUGAAUACAUUGAUGCACAGCGUGCAACGACCUCGGUUGUUUCAGCAAGCGAAGAACGUCGGAUUUCACAUGAAGACAUUCUACAGAAACGUGUGUGGCUAUUGCACUGGAGCCUGUUUGUCUUUUUCAAUCACCCAAAUGGACGCUUUAAGCUUGUCGAGAUGUUCCUUAGUCCGACGUACUUGAGCACGAUCCAAAUGUCAUGCUGGUGGCUUCUUCGCUACUUGGUGAUUGCGCUCGUCGUCACACGACGACAGGCAACUCGUGGCUACCUGAUCGAAGGCACAGGUUACUCACAGACAACGAAGCUGACGGCUCAGGCGGCGCUGCGCGAGGUAUCGAAAGACAUCCAGAUGGAGGCUUAUCGUCUCCAGCCGGAUCCGUUCAUCGACUUUUUCCGCCAGCUAUAUGUGGAACUGGACUUUGAGUGUGCACAAGCCGAACUGGCAAAGGCUGAGUCAGUUGUCCGACAUGACUUUUUCCUCCAAGAUGUCGCUGACCCAUUUAUCGAGCAUGCUCGCCUCCUUGUCAGCGAGGUGUACUGCCGAAUUCACCAAAAGGUUGAUAUCGUCGAUCUGUCGAAGCGGCUCAACAUGUCCAAGGAAGAUGGCGAGAAAUGGAUUGUCAAACUCAUUUGCGACACUAAGAUGGAUGCGAAAAUCGAUCUGAAGGAAGGCGUUGUUCGCUAUGGAUCGUCGUGCGCAUCCACCAGCUGCAACUAG